AUGAAGUUGUCCAAGAAAGAAAUCGACGAUACCUUCAGCGCGCUCCGCUACCAGCUCUCCAAGCGUUCGGAUAAAAGUGCCCUGGACGAUUACAUGAAGCUGAAGGCGGAUGCUGACCGCAGGGACUGGCUUGCAAAAUUCGUGGUAGACCCGAGCACGGGCGGCAGCACGGCGUCGAGCAGCACAACAGUGACCAAACGCGACACGGAGAAGGAGGUCGACGAAUGGUUAACAGAGAAACAACUCGGAGGUCCGCAAUGGUUGAACGACCCAUAUGCGGCCAAGAUAUUGUGCGAAUCUGGUGACUUGGAGGAUCGCCCCCAUCGCUAUCCUAGUCUUGCCAAAGCUAACAUCAAGGAGUUCAAAUUCACCAGGGAGAUGAUGAUGCGCAUGAGCGGCACUGAGGAGCAGAGCAAAGUCACCACUGAGGCGGAGAUGGACCCAGAGCAGUACAUGCAGGUGCAGCGUGCCAUGGCCGACUCCUUGAAGCGCCAGAUGCUCGCAGACAACACCACCACACCCGACCCCAAAGGGAAGAAAUCCAAGAAAGUCAAGACUCCGCCUGAGGACGAGACCGAGGAGGAGAAACUCGCGAGGGAAGCUCGGGAUGCCUUGCGUAACCGUCUGGCCUCCAAGAACAAGACCCUGAAGGAGCUCAAGGCCUACUUCGACGGGGUCCUGAACGAGAUGCGCGACGUCGACUGGGUCAAGGAGCGCCUGGUGAAGAAGAACCUACCAGCUGCCAUGGGCGACUUCGUAGCGACUCAGGUCACUGAGCAGCUGAGCAAGAUCGAGCCUCUCCAGGCCUUGUACUACGAGUGCAAAGCCGUGCCCGACUCGGAGUGGACCGACAAGAAGCUCGAGAAGUUCACGGAUGUCGUCAACUCCAAGAAGAAUACCUUCAAGACGGGCUACGACAAGUUCGUGAAGGAGACCUGGACCGACGUGAAGGGCAUGUGUGGCCCUAAGUAA